CACGUCCAUUUACCGUGAAACAAAACACGACCGUCACAUCGCUUAACAGUGUUGAACACUGCAUAGGUUUACCGAUGUAUUUGUUUGAUUAGUAGAUGUAGUUAGGUUUGUGGUAGAUACCCCCUAAAUAUUGUUAGGUCUAUGGAGGAAGGUCGUUUGAAUGCUGAAGCUGUCGAGCGAGCUCGGAGCUUUUGGGCCGGAGAAGACGUGGAUCGUGUUUUCAGCGCUCUUCUCGUCUCCCUGGAGCAUCUCAGGACCUCGCUGAAAAGCGGCGAAGCAUCAGACAAAGAACUGGUCCAGAGUCUAAAGUUACUUGAUUGUCUGAACUGGACCACCAUCAACCCCUCAACACAGCAGGUUGUUCAGGUCGUGGUUGGGUCAGAUCUACCUGAAAAUACAGGCAACCAUGUUCGUUCCACAUUGCUCUCUCAUUCUGCACCUCAUACUCCUGUACCAGAAGAAGACAUUAGCAGGACAGCUCCAUCCGCUGAUCCAGCUCAACUGCUGUCUCUGCUGGAGUACAAACCUCAUACCUGCACCCAGAGUUGCAUACCAUCCUUACCCAAAAUGCACCAAUACCCUCCACCAUUCUGGACCCAGAACCCCCUAAAGGUCCCGCUACUCUGUGGCUUUCUGAGAGUAAAUGCAGCACUGAUGGAAAGGGGGGUUGAAGGUAGCGACAACGACGCUGACAUUAGGCCUUCAGAAAAAGAGGAGUCCAUUCUUUAUGUUUCGCCAUGUGGGAAAAGCUUGUUGAACUACGAUGAAGUAAUGAGAUUCCUGCUGGACACAAGCAGCUAUGACAUCAUGCAGGUGGAUUUCUUCUGCUUUAAUGCAGAAGUACAUCUGGAUUCUUCAAUUACACCGGUACCUCGACGGCCAGAGUUGGACCUUAGUCGUGGCUUGGAGCCUACACCAGUGGAUCUCUGUAUGGGUCCAGAAAAUGCCAGACCCCCGGACUUCCGCUACAGGAAGGAGCGCUGGCCCCAUGGCUGCUUUCUGAGCCACAGCUCUCUCUUUAAAGCAUGCUGUGACUGCACGGAUGGCUGUAGUGAUGCCCAACUUUGUGCCUGCGUUGCCAUGACCAAUGGAGGCAACCACUACUCCCACCAGAGACUGAGAAAGCCAAUCUCAACAGGCAUAUUUGAGUGUGGCCCAUGGUGUGGCUGUGAUCGUACCCGCUGUCAGAAUAGGGUCGUCCAAAGAGGUAUCAGGGUUCGACUCCAGGUCUUUCAGACAGAACGGCAUGGUUGGGGAGUGCGUUGUCUUGAUGACCUGGAUGAGGGGACGUUUUUGUGCAUCUAUGCUGGUCUGAUGAUGAGGAAGAUCCAGGUGCCUACUGAGUUGCCACCACCCAAACUGACAAGGGCAGACCUUCCAUCAGAUGAUGAAGUGGAGGUUGUGACUGAGUGGUUGGCUCCACCUCUGCUUGAGGGAAGAUGCAAUGUUUUGGACAUGGCAGAGCCCUGCUCAAAGCCACUGCAUGUUCCUGUAAUCCAAGGACCAACUGACACCGUUUCAGGCCUGGACUCUGAUGUGAUCGAGACUGUGGUGGUGGGAGCUCCACCGUCUUUGUUACAAGUGGCAGGGCAUGAGGAGGUGCAAACAAAGAAGGUCGCCGUGGUUAAGGGAGGAGUGAAUGGUAGGAGAAGCUUGAAGAGGCGUCAAACUAGUGACAACGGAUAUGUUCUCGAUGCGAGCAGGGAGGGGAACGUGAGCAGGUUCUUCAAUCACAGCUGUGAGCCCAACAUGUUUACUCAGAGUGUCUUCACUGACUCUCAUGACCCUGGCUUCCCCAUCAUUGCCUUCUUCACCAGCAGGGUGGUGAAGGCUGGAACUGAGCUUACCUGGAACUAUUCCGUCUGCCCUUUGCUUCCUACGCUGGAUGUGCCAUGCUGUUGCAACAGCAACAAUUGCUGUGGACAUUUCACCAUUGAGGAGAAGCAUGGGGGAACAUUUGAAGGGAAUGCGUCUGGUGUUAUUAAGAGUUUGUAACUAUAU